AUGGCGCCGAUCCGCGAGCUUUUUGGCGGCGCGAUUACGAUGGCGCUGCAGGGCGACUUUAUGGACGCAAGCGAUCUCCGGCAGGUGCCGGACAACCAAGAGGUGCUUCUGUCGGGCGACUCGAGUGUCAGCCUCAUUCUCGAGGUGCUGCAGCAGGUCGCCGACGGUACAGAUCCCGAGGCGAUGGACAAGGCCGCGCGCUUCCACUUUGACUCGCUCGCGCACGACAACUCGGCGACCAACGUGCACGUUGACUGGAUCGAUGCGCCGGAUGCGAAGGCCGCAGAUAACGCGACGCCGCGCCCCGCGCUCCUCAAAGGGACACAGACCGUGAAAAAGUUCGGCAAGGUCACUGACGAGGACGUGGUGCAGAUCUGGAUCGCCGUGUGGCGCCUGCCUGGCAAGCACGUCGACCUGGUCCUGUCGCGCAACAACCCCGACGCAGCCGACGUGGAUCAGCAGUCGCAGGACUUUCGCGCGACCGCCGGCUCGCUGCGCAUUGUCGACUGGAACUUGUUUGCAUAG